AAAAAAGCUUCCUAUCACGCGAUGCUAUUUUCGGCCAGCCACGAGGUCUCAUUUCAUGGCAUCUGCGAAAGCCCGCUCCCUGCCUCACCUGGACCCGGGUGAGGUUUCUCUGUUGGAUCUUGCAGAGGAUGAUCCGAGGGAUGCCGUUUCUUUCUCGGACAAAGAAGCGUUGAUCCUGCAACUAUAUAAUCAACUUCAGGAACAAGAACUCGAAAAGGCACUCCUCGAACAAGAUGCCGAGCUACUCUCGGGGGAUGAUGCAGAAGAGCAGCUGGCCAUAGCAGAGCGCGAACUUCUAGAAGCCAGAGCUACUUACACAGUCAGGCGGAAGGCACUUGGAGCUGUUCUUAUGACAGACCCUACUCUCAAAGCUGUUCAUAUGAAAGCCACAUAUCCGGCUGAACAAAAUCUUCUUCGUCUUAUCAAUAGACGGGAUGUGCUCUCGUUAGCACAUGAGAACUUGAAUACUGCGCUUAGCUCGACUCUUAAAAAGUUGUCUAACGCGGAGGUGGAAAAUCUGCAACUUCACCAAAAGAACAAAGCGCUCGUCCGAGAGCUACUAAAUCUGACGAAGAAUGACGAAUCAUGGAGGGAAGAAUUGAAUGAUAUGAGUAUAAAGAAGCAAUUAGAGCAAGUCAAAGCGGAUCACCAAAAAAGCAAAGCGAAAUGGGAAACCAUAAAAAGUAUUACCAGCGCUAUCGUUGUCGGCAGUGGUGUGAACUGGGCUGAAGAAGAAGAGCUCGUGGCUCUUGUAUUGGACGACUCUGACGACUGAUGGUUUGGUGACGAUAAAAUUUCUUCUACUUCUUUUCUUUUUCUUUUUCUUUUUGGUUUUUCCUUUCUAUCGGACCAGGCUGGGGCCAUUUCGAAGGCGUUGAUAUACCCAUUUAAAUACCUACUACGGAGUAGAAUAGAAGAACAAUAUGAUAUCGUGUUUAAUCCUAUAUUGCGGGCUAU